ACAGAGGCUGCCUGUCCAUUCACCACAGGGGCUGCCUGUCCCUUGUCCACAGACACUGCCUGACCAUUGUCCUAGAUCUAGAUCUGGAUGUAAUACACUGAAAAGCUCCUGAUAGAGCAUCACUCAGCACUAAUAUCUAUUGCCCACAGAGGCUGCCCGACCUGCUCUGUUCAUAGACUCUGCUGCAGGAUCUUUGGCUCUGUUCCUCCAUCACGUUCCCCGUGUCGCGGUGUGAUGACGUGCACGCGUCGCUGGCGGAUGACGCGACUGGCAGGCCCCGGCGUGAGGAGAAGCCGCUCGGGCAGCGGGAGGAGAGCAGCGGCCGCGGGCGGGACAACACCAGUGCCAUGUCUCUGAUGUUCUCCCGCUCACACCCAGUUGUAAUUGGUAAAAAAGACAAGCGCCUGAUGGCUGAGGUUAACGCUUCACCGCUCAAACACUUUGUCACUGCUAAAAAGAAGAUCAAUGGAAUCUUUGACCAGCUUGCAUCCUACAUCAAGGAGAGUGCUACAUUCCUCAAAGAAACGUACCAGGAUGGAGAACUGGAUCCAAUCACGACAGAAGAGCAGGUACUGGAGGUGACCGGUUACCUAUCAAAGGUUGGAGGAAUCAGUGAAGUGCUGGCACGGCGACACAUGAAGGUGGCAUUUUUUGGCAGGACAAGCAACGGGAAAAGCACUGUGAUCAACGCCAUGCUGUGGGACAAAGUCCUACCCUCGGGAAUUGGCCACACCACCAACUGCUUCCUCCGUGUGGAAGGAUCAGAUGGGAAUGAAGCCUAUCUGCUCACAGAUGGAUCGGAGGAAAAACGGAAUAUCAAGACGGUGAAUCACUUGGCUCAUGCCCUGCACCAGGAUGACCAGCUCACUGUUGGCAGUCUCGUUUCUGUCAUGUGGCCCAAGAUGAAGUGUGCCUUACUGCGAGAUGACCUGGUGCUUGUGGACAGUCCCGGAAUUGAUGUAACCACCGAGCUUGAUAGCUGGAUUGAUAAGUUCUGCCUGGAUGCUGAUGUGUUUGUGUUGGUCGCGAACUCUGAGUCAACGUUAAUGCAGACGGAAAAGCAGUUUUUCCAUAAAGUCAAUGAGCGGUUGUCUCAACCCAAUAUCUUUAUCCUCAAUAACCGCUGGGAUGCAUCGGCGUCGGAACCUGAAUACAUGGACGAGGUGCGUCGCCAACACAUGGACCGCUGCACCAGUUUCCUGGUGGACGAGCUCGGAGUUGUGGACAGGGCUCGGGCCACUGAUCGCAUUUUCUUUGUAUCAGCCAAGGAAGUUUUGAACGCUCGGAUCCAAAAAGCUCAAGGGAUGCCUGAAGGAGGUGGAGCGCUGGCUGAAGGAUUCCAGGCAAGAAUGUUUGAAUUCCAAAACUUUGAGCGUCGGUUUGAGGAAUGUAUUUCACAGUCAGCAGUUAAAACCAAGUUUGAGCAACACACCGUUCGCGCCAAGCAGAUUUCAGAUACCCUGCGGCGAAUUAUGGGUGCUGUGCAUGUUUCUGCCACUGAACAGAGGGUGCAUUGCCUGAAUCAGAGAGAGGAGAGAAUGGAUCGAUUGGAGUUUAUUGAGAAUCAGCUGGAUUUGUUAACUCAGGAUUGUAAAAGCAAGAUCAAACAAAUUACUGAGGAGGUGGAGCGACAGGUCUCUAAUGCAAUGGCAGAAGAAAUACGACAGCUUUCCAUGUUGGUGGAUGAUUUCCACUUGGAUUUUCACCCCUCACAGGUGGUGCUCAAAGUCUAUAAAAGUGAGCUUCAUAAACACCUUGAGGAAGGUCUUGGACGCAACAUGUCUGAGCGUUGCUCUGUCACCAUUACAUCCAGCCUCCAGAAAACCCAGCAAGAAAUGAUUGACAGCCUCCAGCCUCUACUGCCACCCGCGGAGAGAGGCCGUGUCGAUCUUCCAAUCCCUCGUCAAUGCUUCAGUCUCAGUUAUGAUCUGAACUGUGAUCGGCUCUGCACAGAUUUCCAGGAAGAUGUUGAAUUUCACUUCUCACUCGGAUGGACAAUGCUUGUCAGUCGUUUCCUUGGACCAAAAAAUGGCCGCAGGGCAUUGGCGGGAUGCAGUGACCAGGUAACAAGGCAAAUGCCUAUUACCCCUGUCAGCACCAGCUUGCCACCGUUACCCCAAGGGUCGAUGACCCAGGAAGAACUUAUGGUGUCCAUGGUAACUGGAUUAGCAUCUUUAACUUCACGGACAUCAAUGGGAAUAAUCGUAGUUGGUGGUGUGGUGUGGAAGGCAGUGGGUUGGAGGCUGAUUGCACUGACAGUUGGAAUGUACGGUCUCCUGUAUGUGUAUGAGCGUCUGACGUGGACAAACAGAGCAAAGGAACGAACCUUCAAGCGGCAGUUUGUGGACUAUGCUGCUGAGAAACUACAGCUCAUAGUCAGUUACACAGGUUCCAACUGCAGUCAUCAGGUGCAACAAGAGCUGGCAGGGACAUUUGCCCAGCUGUGUCAGCAAGUGGAUGUGACACGGCAGAGCCUGGAUGUGGAAAUUAAAGACCUGAAUAAGAAGAUUGAACAGCUGGACUCGCUCCAGAGUAAAGCCAAGUUGCUCAGGAACAAGGCCGGCUGGUUAGACAGUGAGCUGAACAUGUUUACUCAGCAGUACCUGCAGCAGAGCAGUUGAGAGGACUGUGGCAGGUUCAAGAUUGCAAGAUGUCUUCACUUUGUGAGCAGGCAGAGUUCAGCAGCUGCAAUAGAGAAGGAUGGUGGGGGGGGGGGGGGGGGG